AAAAAAAUUUCACACUUGGACAUUGAUGGUAGACCAGUGGUUGUACUGGAGAAGGAAAAUGUAGUGCCAGAGCAUAAUCAGCAUUUCCAGGUCUACUACAAGUUCAACAGCAUUUCAAUGCUUAGGGAGCCUAUAAUGUUGAUUUUUGGAUUCUUUGUCCUUUUUGUCUCAUGCAUCAUUUAUAUGCAUUCGGACAUGUCAAUUUCAAAGUCUUCUCCUUCUUAUUUAGCUAAACUACAGUGGGAUGAGGUGCAAACUGUGAUUCAACAAGUUCAGAAUAUUAUCAAUAGAUGCUUAACCAUACACGAUAAAUUGGAUGCGUCAUUGCGUGAUCUUUCUCGUACUGGUGAUGUUCAAGCUUGUAAAGCAGCUCGCAAAGCAGCCGAUGCUUCAUUGAAAGAGCUUUCAAAAGAGUUGAAGUCUUUGCUUUCAUUCUUGCAGUCGGCCCAGCAGGCCACCCAGAUAUUGCCUAAGGUGGAAGAGCUGGUGGCCAAGGAGAGAGAUCUGCAGGAGAGGUUGGUUGUGAAACACAUGACGGUGGUGGACUGCUACGAGAAGAAGUUCGGUGGACGUGAAAUCGAAAACAGAGUUGCUUCACAGCAGCAAAGAAUUACAACUUUGAGGCAGGAAGUAGAUGAUCUUCUCGAGUUCAUUGAUGAAAUAUAAUGAAAUAUACUGACAGCGUUGGCAUAUUAAUCUUCAUGACCACAUAACGCCCUAAGAUUAGCCAAUGUCUGCUAGGGGUUCAUAAUUUUGUCGUGCUUUAUUUAGAGAUUUUGGUUACCUUCACCUUUAAUCUGAUGACCUGCAAGGUUUUGAAUUAUGAUCCAAUUAGAAAGUAUAAGCCUGGAAUAGAGCGGAUACAUAAUGGCAUAUAGUAUAAUCCUUCCUCUUUAUCUACAUCAUGCUUGACUUGUUGUCAAGAUAAUUUAUCCUUGCUUUUAGGGUUUUUUAAGGGUGUCUCUCAAUGGUUAUUGGAUCUUCAAUGUAUUUUCUCACGAAUGAGAUGAUAAUUCCUUCAAUAUGUUUAGUUUGCCCGUAUAA